UAUUAGAUAAUUCAAAUUACUAAAUGUCUAUGACCCUAAGUAUUCAUACAUGACAUGAAUUUAAAUAUUUUAAUUUACAAAAUAAAUUAAUAAUAUUUAAUUACAUGUGUUAUAUAGAAGAAUUAGGAAUCUAGUUGAGAAUUACUUAAUAAUUUUUUGUCACGUAAAUAGAGAUCAUGCACAUGCGAUGAUUGAAGAGGAUCUAAUUAUGAAUGUCUAUAGAAAGUUAUGCAUUGAUAAGUUUAUAAUGCAGGUGUCUAAUUGGUUCAUAAAUGCCCGAGUUCGGCUAUGGAAACCAAUGGUUGAAGAAAUGUACAUGGAAGAGGUGAAGCAAGAGCAGAAUAAUGGGUCUCAGGAUAACAACACAAACAGAUCAAAAGAAUCAGAAGCUAAUGCUGCACAAGAAUCAAGUGCCAUGAGACUUGACCAGAAUAAUAUUCACCAAUCAAACAAGGCAGAAAGCUUCAACAACCAAACCACUUCCCCAACAGAGAUCUCCAAUUCCAACAUGCAAAGUCCAAACAAGCCUAGAAGCACUUCCGAAAUGCAGAACUCUCCAGGUAGCAUCGUGGACAUGGAAAUGAAGCCUCAUCAUGGAGAGACAAACACUAGAGAAGGAAACACAAAGUUGUUUGGCAUUGAAAACCAUCAUUUUGGAGCAUUUGGUAUGGAAGACAUUGGAAGGUUUCAUCAUGUCACUGAGCAACAACUGACUCCUAGGUUUCACGGAAACGGAGUUUCCCUCACUCUAGGACUUCCACACAGUGAGAACCUUUCUCUCUCAGGAACUCAGCAUGGAUUCCUCUCACAGAAUAUGCACUUGGGAAUGAGAACCAAUGAAAAUGAGUUUUGUGGUGCCAUCAACACUCCUCCUUCUUCUCAUUCAGGCACAAGUUAUGAGAGCAUUGACAUUCAAAACAGAAAGAGUCUACAAAACACAAUAAUGCAGUUCAGAGUGUUUCAACACACUAACUUAGCAGAAGAAUAGCAACGGAAAGAAAAAAGGAAAGGAAAAAAAUGGAGCACUGCUUGUGUUACGUGCAUGUUUGGCAUGGGAGGGGAAAUAACUUGCUCCAUGUAUAAAGAUGGAAACUGCUAUAAGAUUAUAUGAACUUUCAGGGAAUUAAUUCGGUUUUACAUGUUCUGAAUUAGUUUGAUUAAAUGAUUCAAGUUGAGUUGGGGAAGGUAUAUUGUAUAUGGUAUUGGAAAGUAGUUAGGUACAUAAAGGAAUUGAAUGAUUUGUUUGGAUAGAUCAUAUAUAUAUAUAUAUAUAUUGGAGUUAUGGCUUA